AACAAAGCUGUUGUCUAAAGUGCACUACCUGGUUGUGGCCCCCAAACCAGGCCAUAACAGGGCAAAGUGCUUGCUGCUUGUUCAGCAGAGAAGUGAAGGAAUAUCGUCAAAAUGCAUGCAACAGUACUGGGAAACUGAAAAGUUAAUAAUUGAAAGAGGGGUCAGUACCCACCCUUAUGGAACUGCACGUAGUGAACUACUGCAGUCCAGCCCACUGCAUUUUAUACUAAGAUAGUCAAGCUCUGUUAUCUGGGUCUGAGCCUCAAGACACCUUUGUCCUUUUCCUAGGGCAGCAGGGAGUGAGCAUCUCAGCAUAUCCAGAAAUCUCCAACAACAGACUUGACUCAACACAUUUGGUUAAAAAGUCUUCUGGGAAAGGAAAGUUAAUGAUGUGAGGUUUCCGCGCAAAAUGAAAUACUGAUUAAUAACUCCGUUGAGGAGUGACAGAAGAAAUCGGUUGUCCCAGAAAAGAACAUCAUGACCCCCACAUCAGCAGGAGUGGCAUUAAUUCAUUUGUUAACACUUCAGCUUGUCUUAGUGGGAAAUAUUUUCUGUGGGAAUGUGCUUAUCUGGCCAGAGGAUGGCAGCCACUGGCUAUAUAUCAAGGUCGUUAUUCAGGAACUGCUGCAUAGAGGUCACAACGUCAGCAUCCUAACUCCGUCAACAACCUUUUUAAUAAAACCCAGUGAUGAUAUAGCGGCUGCCAGGUUUGAGGUGUUCCCUGUGCCCUAUGGAAAGAGUGCCAUGGACUCCUAUAUGCAGGAGCUCAUAAUGUUGGGCUUGAACAACAAACCAACCACCCUGACUUUCCACAGCUUCUACCAAGCAGCAAGGAAAUGCGUAAGAAGCAUAAAUGAAAUUCAUAGGCAGAGGUGUGAAGCAGUGCUGGGCAAUCCGGAACUCAUGGCCCGCCUGAAAAAGAGCAACUAUGAUGUUCUGGUUGCGGACCUGAUCUUACCCUGUGGCGACCUCAUUGCUCUGAAGUUGAACAUCCCAUUUCUGUUCACCGUAAGGGUCACGCCAGCCUCAACGCUGGAGAGACACUGUGGCAAAAUGCCUGCUCCUCCUUCGUAUGUUCCAGCUAUCAUGUCUGGGCUCACAGACAGAAUGUCUUUUGGAGAACGGGUGAAGAAUAUAAUAUCUUACCUUGUGCAAGAUUAUAUUUACCAGAGCUGGUGGGGAGAGUGGGACUCUUAUUACAGUCAGGUUUUAGGGAGACCCACAACUCGUUGUGAAGUGAUAGGGAAAGCAGAGAUCUGGUUGGUCCGCACCUACUGGGACUUCGAAUUCCCGCUGCCUUCCCUACCAAAUUUUGAAUUUGUGGGGGGUCUGCACUGUCAGCCAGCCAAGCCUUUGCCAGAGGAAAUGGAAGAAUUUGUCCAGAGUUCAGGGGAACAUGGGAUUGUGGUGUUUUCUCUGGGCUCUCUUGUUGCAAACUUAACAGAUGAAAGGAAUAACAUGCUUGCAUCAGCACUCAGCCAACUUCCACAGAAGGUUCUUUGGCGCCACAAAGGGAAAAGGCCAGAAACCUUAGGAGCUAACACCAGGCUUUAUGAAUGGAUACCACAAAAUGAUCUUCUGGGACACCCCAAGACCAAAGCCUUCAUAACACAUGGUGGGAUCAAUGGGAUUUAUGAAGCUAUUUACCAUGGCGUUCCCACAGUGGGGAUUCCCAUGUUUGCUGACCAGCCUGACAAUAUUGAGCACAUGAAGGCAAAGGGGAUGGCUGUGGGUCUGGACAUCAAGACAAUGGAUGCAGAAGAUUUAGUGGAUGCUGUGAAGGCUGUCAUUCUCAACGCCACGUAUAAGGAAAACGCAAUGAGACUGUCACAGAUCCACCACGACCAACCGAUAAAGCCGCUGGACCGGGCUGUCUUUUGGAUUGAGUUUGUCAUGCGCCAGAAAGAGGCCAAACACUUGAGAGUAGCUGCCCAUCACUUGACCUGGUACCAAUAUCACUCCCUGGACGUCAUUGCCUUCUUGAUCGGUUGCAUGGCAGUUUUCAUAUUCAUUGCUGUUAAAUGCUGUUUAUUUUGUUGUCGGAAAUGUGGCAGGAUUAUUAGGAAAACCAAAACAGAGUAGCUUCUCCUAGGACCCGGCCAUCGUUCUGUGGCUUGCAUUAUUCAGUAUACUCAGACUUAAGCCCCAUCAUGAAAUCAUCUUCCAAAAGCUUCAAUCGUUUGCAACAACUUUCAGCUGAAUUGAGAAUCCAACCAUAGCCAUGCUCCAUUCAGCAGCUAAGAGAAAGUUAUAGGUAUCAAUGAUGGUUCAUUUUAGCAUUGCUUAUUAUUUUUUUCCAAAUAUCUUAAACACAAUACAGCUUAACAAUAUUAUUUUCCUUUCAAUCUAUAUCUUAUCCGAAUUAACUUCCCUCCACCCCUCUUCUGGCUUCUCUUCUUUGCUCUUACUUAAGCUUGAUUACUAUAUAUACAUUCUAUAAAUGUCUAUAAUUUCUUAAUAAUUUUUUGUAUUGUACUUUAGAUAUACAUUCCUUAUUAUAUUACAGCAUUACAUAUUGUGGUCUAACCAAAUGUAUACAAUAAACGUUAUGAGUUUUA